AUGUUGUUGACUAAGUUUUUACAAUGUGGCUUAGUACGUACAGCAAAUGUAAUUGUUCGACCUACAAUAGUUGGAUCAGGUAUUACAACAAGGUCUUAUGCUUCUGGACCCCGAACAGGUGCAAGAGGUGCGGUCUCGAGAAAUCAAUUAAAUUUGACAUCUAGUAUGAAAAAAAAUGAAAGAUCGACUAAUCAUAAGAAGAAACAAAGAUUGAGAAAGCAAUCGGGACAAAAAUCGAAUUCAUCCUCUAAACCAUUUCAUUAUGGUGAAUUUGGUGGCCUUAAAGAAAAUAAAACUGUUAAUAGGGACCUUGAUUUGGUCACUGCAUUAGUGAAUAAAAUAUCAAGUUUUGAUGAUUUAAAACUUUUACCUGAAGUAAGAGAAGCAAUUAAAACAAUUGUUGCUAAGGAUACUACAGUUUUAGGUAUUAAGCAAGAUGACAUCUCACCAUCUCCAAUUCAAAUCCUGACUGUAAAACGUAUGUCCAAGUCAUUGAUGGAUCCUAAACUUCAAACACAUGCAAUUGCUGCUGAUACCGGUUCUGGGAAAACUAUUGCGUAUUUGUUACCACUGAUUGAUUACAUGAUGAGAGAACAUUUAGAAACACCGGAACUUUGGGAUAACAUUCAUGAUAAAGCUUCCAUUCGAUCCAUUAUAUUGGUACCCACACAUGAAUUGGUAGAUCAGGUCUACAGUACAAUUGAAAAGACAGAAGAGACGCUGGGCCUACAUACAUUUAAAUGGGAUAUAUACACAAAGUAUCCAGAUCUAAUUGGUGCAAUUAAAAAUCGUGUUGAUAUACUUGUAACAACUCCAUCAAAAUUGUUAACAUUAUUCAAUAUUAAAAUGAUUAGCAACCCUGAACGUCUUUUAUAUAAUGUUAAAAAUUUAGUGAUCGAUGAAGCUGAUACGUUAAUGGAUCCAUCUUGGGUUAAUGAUACCCACUCAGUAAUACGAAGAAUGAAAAACUUAAACCAUUUAAUAUUUUGUUCGGCUACAAUUCCAAAUGAAUUUAACAAAACAAUUACAAGGUUGUUCCCAUCAUACGUUCCGAUCACGACAGCAAGACUUCAUAAAUUACCAAGAAAGCUUGACUUUAAGAUCAUUGACUCAAGUUUAAAUCCGUUUAAGGGUUCAAAAUUGAAGGCAUUAGCACAAAUCUUAUAUGCUGUAAAUAAAGAUAAUUCUGAAGAAGGUUAUCAAAAGAGAUGUGUUGUGUUCGUUAAUGAGAAAGAUGAUGUUAUAAAAAUAGCAGAAAAUAUGCGUAAUAAGUAUGGUCUCAAUGUAAUGGGGUUGACUGGUAAUAAUAAAGUUGAGGAUCGUCUUCAAACCAUCAAGUUGUUUACAUCCCCACCUAGAUUGAUGUCAGAGAUAAAUACAGAAGUAAAGGCAGUAAAAGAUGAUUUAAAAAGUGCUGAGAGUCUACCUCUCACCAUUCCAGGAUCUAAUAUUACUAUUGGACCUACAAAGAAUACCGAAAUUCACAAAAAUAAUAAAUCCAUAAUCCUUAUCACUACCGAUUUAAUGGCAAGAGGUUUAAAUUUUCAAGGUCUAGGAAACGUCAUUCUAUAUGAUGUUCCAAAAACAUCAAUUGACUUAGUUCAUAGAGCUGGUAGAACAGCUAGGAUGAGGCAAGGUGGUAGAUUAUUCAUGAUUACGGAUAAAAAGACCAAAGCGUGGGCCAAAGCAUUACCAAAAAUUGUUAAAAACAAUUUGGCAUUGACUUAA